AGGAGAAAGGCAGCCAGCAAAGCGAGCAGCCCGCAGCGGGGCACGCACGUGUGCGAGCAGCCUUUCGACGGCCACCCUCCAGCAUGCUGCGCGGAGCUGCGCGGGGCAGCGCGGCGGGGAGGAGCUGACUGCGGCCGCGGGAGAAGAGCGGAGCAGCAGAGCGGAGGAGCGGCUCCGCGGAAACCGCCGUUUGUCCGUCCCGUCCGGCCUCCCCCCGACACACACCCCUCCGAGGAAGCCGGCGGUCCCGCAGCAUGGGCGGCCGCAGCCCCCUCGCUGCCGCCGGGGCCGCUGUCCUGGUGCUGCUACUGGGGCGCUUCACUCUCUGCUUCGCCGUGGAGGAAAAGAAAGUUUGUCAAGGGACAAAUAACAAGCUGACCCAACUGGGACAUGUGGAAGAUCAUUUCACCAGCCUGCAGAGGAUGUACAACAACUGCGAGGUGGUACUCAGCAACCUGGAGAUUACAUAUGUGGAGCACAAUCGUGACCUGUCUUUCCUGAAGACGAUACAGGAGGUUGCAGGCUACGUGCUCAUCGCGCUUAACAUGGUGGAUGUCAUUCCCCUAGAAAACCUCCAGAUCAUCCGAGGAAAUGUGCUCUAUGACAACUCUUAUGCCCUGGCAAUUUUAUCCAAUUACCACAUGAAUAAAACCCAGGGACUCCGAGAGCUGCCGAUGAAGCGGCUAUCAGAAAUUCUCAAUGGAGGUGUUAAAAUCAGCAACAACCCCAAGCUGUGCAACAUGGACACUGUUCUCUGGAAUGACAUCAUUGACACCAGCAAGAAGCCCCUCACGGUGCUUGAAUUUGCAAGCAACCUGUCUUCUUGUCCCAAAUGCCAUCCAAACUGCACAGAAGACCACUGCUGGGGCCCUGGCGAACAGAACUGCCAGACAUUAACAAAAGUCAUCUGUGCCCAGCAGUGCUCUGGCCGGUGCAGGGGAAAGGUGCCCAGCGACUGCUGCCAUAACCAGUGUGCUGCAGGGUGCACAGGGCCUCGGGAGAGCGACUGCCUGGCAUGUCGCAAGUUUCGGGAUGAUGCUACGUGCAAGGAUACGUGUCCCCCAUUGGUCCUGUAUAACCCCACCACUUAUCAGAUGGAUGUCAAUCCUGAUGGAAAAUACAGCUUUGGAGCCACUUGUGUGAGGGAAUGUCCACACAACUACGUGGUGACAGACCACGGCUCCUGCGUUCGCUCCUGUAAUACCGAUACUUACGAAGUGGAAGAAAAUGGUGUUCGGAAGUGUAAAAAGUGUGAUGGGCUAUGCAGCAAAGUGUGCAACGGCAUUGGAAUAGGUGAACUUAAAGGGAUCCUCUCCAUAAAUGCCACAAACAUCGACUCCUUCAAAAACUGUACCAAGAUCAAUGGGGAUGUAAGCAUCCUCCCAGUUGCAUUUCUAGGUGAUGCCUUCACAAAGACCCUACCCUUGGACCCCAAGAAGCUGGAUGUCUUCAAAACAGUCAAAGAAAUCACAGGAUUUUUGUUGAUUCAGGCCUGGCCUGAAAAUGCUACUGAUCUCUAUGCUUUUGAAAAUCUGGAGAUUAUACGAGGCAGAACCAAGCAACAUGGCCAGUAUUCCCUUGCUGUUGUUAACUUGAAAAUACAGUCCUUAGGGCUGCGCUCCCUCAAGGAAAUCAGUGAUGGAGAUGUUGCCAUUAUGAAGAACAAGAACCUCUGCUAUGCUGACACCAUGGACUGGCAAAGACUGUUUGCAACUCCAAGCCAGAAAACAAAGAUUAUACAGAACAGAAAUAAAAAUGAGUGUGCUGCUGCCGGGCAUGUUUGUGACCCCCUGUGCUCAGAUGUGGGCUGCUGGGGCCCAGGGCCCUUCCACUGCUUCUCCUGCAGGUUUUUCGAUCGCCAAAAGGAGUGUGUGAAACAGUGCAACAUCCUGCAAGGGGAGCCAAGAGAGUUUGAAAGGGAUUCCAAGUGCCUCCCCUGCCACCCUGAGUGCCUGGUGCAGAACUCCACCAUGUACAACGCAACCUGCACUGGACCUGGCCCUGACAAUUGCAUGAAGUGUGCCCAUUUUAUAGAUGGCCCCCACUGUGUGAAAUCCUGCCCAGCGGGAGUUCUGGGUGAGAAUGACACCCUUGUCUGGAAAUACGCCGAUGGGAAUGCUGUUUGCCAGCUCUGCCAUCCAAACUGCACCCGUGGGUGCAAAGGGCCAGGUCUUGAAGGCUGUCCGAACGGCUCCAAAAUCCCAUCUAUCGCAGCGGGUGUUGUUGGAGGGCUCCUGUGCUUGGUGGUGGUCGGCUUGGGCAUCGGCCUUUACUUGCGGAGACGCCACAUCGUCAGAAAGAGGACCCUGCGCCGGCUGCUGCAGGAGAGGGAGCUUGUCGAACCACUGACACCCAGCGGGGAGGCACCAAACCAGGCUCAUCUGAGAAUUUUAAAGGAAACAGAAUUUAAAAAGGUCAAAGUUUUAGGCUCUGGAGCUUUUGGCACUGUUUAUAAGGGACUUUGGAUCCCAGAAGGGGAGAAGGUUAAAAUUCCUGUGGCUAUUAAAGAGUUGAGAGAGGCUACCUCACCAAAAGCCAACAAGGAAAUACUUGACGAAGCUUAUGUGAUGGCUAGUGUUGACAAUCCUCAUGUAUGCCGCUUGUUGGGAAUCUGCCUCACGUCCACCGUGCAGCUCAUCACACAACUGAUGCCUUAUGGUUGCCUCCUUGAUUACAUCCGAGAGCACAAGGACAACAUCGGCUCCCAGUACCUUCUCAACUGGUGUGUGCAGAUCGCAAAGGGAAUGAACUAUUUGGAGGAGCGUCGCCUGGUGCACCGUGACCUUGCUGCCAGGAACGUCCUUGUUAAGACUCCUCAACACGUGAAAAUCACAGACUUUGGGCUGGCAAAGCUGCUCGGUGCUGACGAGAAGGAGUAUCACGCCGAGGGAGGCAAGGUUCCUAUUAAAUGGAUGGCCUUGGAGUCAAUUUUACAUCGGAUUUACACUCAUCAAAGCGAUGUCUGGAGUUACGGUGUGACAGUUUGGGAGCUGAUGACAUUUGGAUCCAAGCCAUACGAAGGGAUCCCUGCCAGUGAGAUCUCCUCUGUCUUGGAGAAAGGCGAGCGUUUGCCCCAGCCUCCUAUCUGCACCAUUGACGUGUACAUGAUCAUGGUCAAAUGCUGGAUGAUUGAUGCAGACAGCCGUCCCAAGUUCCGUGAACUGAUAGCAGAGUUCUCAAAAAUGGCCCGUGACCCUCCACGCUAUCUCGUUAUACAGGGAGAUGAUAGGAUGCACCUGCCCAGCCCUACGGACUCCAAGUUUUAUCGCACCCUUAUGGAGGAGGAGGACAUGGAAGAUAUAGUGGACGCUGAUGAGUAUCUCGUGCCACACCAGGGCUUUUUCAACAGCCCUUCAACAUCCCGCACUCCUCUCUUGAGUUCACUGAGUGCUACUAGCAACAACUCUGCUACAACCUGCAUUGACAGGAACGGGCAGGGGCAUCCUGUGAGGGAAGACAGCUUUGUCCAGAGGUAUAGCUCAGAUCCAACAGGCGCUUUCUUGGAGGACAGCAUAGAUGACGGCUUUCUGCCAGCCCCAGAGUAUGUAAACCAGUUGGUGCCCAAGAAAACUUCUGCCUCAGCAGUCCAGAAUCCAAUCUACAACAACUUCUCUCUCACAGCAAACUCAAAGGUCCCCACAGACUCCAGCUACCAGAAUUCACACAGCACAGCUGUGGACAACCCUGAGUAUCUCAACACCAACCAGUCUCCGCUGGCCAAGACAGUCUUUGAGACCUCUCCUUACUGGAUCCAGGCAGGCAACCACCAAAUAAAUCUGGACAAUCCUGACUACCAGCAGGACUUCUUACCGAAGGAAACCAAACCUAACGGUCUCCUGAAAGUUCCCGCAGCAGAAAACCCGGAGUACUUGAGGGUAGCAGCACCAAAAAGUGAAUACAUUGAAGCCUCAGCAUGACCACAGAGGAUUACUUCUUGCAGUGAGGCAAGCCAGACUCUCGGUGAACUACCUGGCUGCUGCAAGAAUAGACGCUUGCUCACAGCGGACAGCAACUGCAAUGCAUCGAGAAGCACACUUUUCCUUUUCAGCACAAGGGCUGAAACUGUGAGGUCUAUUUGAUGGUAGUUUGGGUCUUUUCUUGCCUAUUUCCAUGUAAUAACUGAGGCCCAUAACCUGCACUCAGAUGGAUGUUGUGAUGGACUGGGAUCUUCCCGGACAAAAGAAACAUGGAUGCAUUCCUUUCAUUGUCAGAUGGUAGCACGGUGAGAAGCCACUCUGGGAUGAACUCAAGAGCUGUACACAUUGUACAGUUUUAGAUUCCUUUCUACAGCCUGUAUUUUUAUAAAUGUUUCUAAGAGAAUUUUUGGAUCUUUUACCUGAUCAGACACUUGUGCUGCUGGUCUGCUAUGUGGUGCUCAGAUCACCAGCAGGAAAACAAACCCUUAUGUUUCUAAACAGUUUUCCAAUACUCCUAGAACAGAAACAGUUUUCCCAAACCACCGGAUUUUUUACAAAUUGGCUUCAUAUACUGCCUCUUGGCACAAAGAGGAGAAGUGCAUCUGGGGGACAUGUGGGAGACUCUGCCCAGGGCCUGUAUGGAGUGGAUUGCUCCAGGGAAAACUAGCACAAGAAGCGAAACGGCACGACGCAUCACUUACUGACCACUACUGCUAAAAACUGCCAGGAGGAAGUCGCCUCAGAGUCACGUGUACCUGGAUACAAAGUGCUUGCUACUCUGUUUUCUGAUGGUCAAACUCAACACAUUUGUUUUCUGAUCCCUUAUGCGGCUGUCAAGUUGUCAAAAUGCCUUUCUUCUCCAACAGAACUGUUAAAGAUGUUGCCCUAAUUGAAAAAUGAAGUGUCAAAUAACAUUUAACAGACUUUAAUUAAAUGUCAAGGAAAUGCAAAUAAUGGCAAAUUGGAGCGUUCACAAGACAGACUGGAAGAACUACCCUAAAUUAAACUUGACUAGGGCAAGAAACACAGGUAGCAAGAUGUUUUAUUUCCCUUCUUAAAGGGGCACAGAGCAGAAGUAAUUUUCCCUUGUACAUCUGGCAAAGAAGAGGGGUAUAUCAGUGUUACGCUUCACUCACUUCAAGGCAGAAUACUGCCAAUUGCUUGGGGCAGAGGCUGGGGCUGGUUGCCUGUCCCUUUGGGGUUACAUAGCCUGGCAAUCUAGGAGGGGCAGUGGCAAUGAGUUAAGGAAGAAUAAUCUGGAGUGAUGGAAAAUAUGAUCUCCCUCUUCUGAAACACAGGGCUGCCUACUGCUUCUUUAAAAUACCCAGCAUCAUCUUCUGUUGCCAGUGUGGAACAGGCAGGCGAGGCAAGGCUGUGAUUUUAGCUUGACUGUAUAAAUCGAUCACAGCAGCAAAAGCAGCUACUCCUUCCAGGGGCCUGUGACACAGAGCUUCAAAUUCUUCCAUCAUUAACAUUUCUUAUGAAUGUAGGAUGAGUAAAGUGCUUAACGUGUGAAUUUAGUCAGUAAUUUAGGUGCAUGCCACCAGCAUUGGCAGUACGAUUUUAAUCAGACCACUAGAUCACAAAGCAAAUGCGCAUUUGGUGAUUUUGCUAUAAAGGCCCUUAACUAGUUGAACAUUGGCAGCUUGCUUGAGGGUAGCAUAAGCAGCUAAGUUGCAGAGGAUAUGUAGCCUAUAAAGUAGCUAGAAAUAGAUUUAUGCCACUACCAUGUUCUGAAUACAUCAGGAUGUGUUUCAGUUUAAGUAUUGCAUCUGGAGUCCAGGAUCAAGCGGAAAAUGUUCAGAACAUCGUUUUUACAGAUUUAUUGAGGAAAGAAGGAGAGCUGUCAUGUGAAAUGACCCCUUUUAUAAGUAACAUGGUGUAAAAUGCAUUAGUAUCUUGUGUGUGUGCAGUAGCUCAUCGGCCAUGCUGUAGCUAAAGCAGUAUAUCGGGUCAAAAUCCAAAGAUUUUCCUCUUUGGUACAUGCGUGUCACUGUGACCGAGACGCAGGCACUGCAGUGUGGAGAAUGCAGUGUUUGGCUUUGAUUAUGACUGACUUGCAUUUAAAACAUUAACCAGAAUUUAGUUCCCACGUCCAAUUAGUGGCAGAUUUCUCCCUGCAUUCCUGAGAGCAGAUUUGUUGUGUUGCUCUCACAAGCGUGCAACAUGUAUGCACAGGCAGCGCCGCUUUCCUCCACCCACCGCCCCGGGAGGAAUGUACAUAAACCCAAAAAAAGAUCUCAACAGAAAUCACAGAUCAUUUUCAAUUUGCUAAAUCUGUUGUUAAAUCUCCAAGCAGAACACUGGAAAAGUCAUGGUGUGCGUGUUCUCCUGAGGAAUCUUUCUGACACCAUUGCACAAAGGAAUUUAUUGAUGUUUUGUUUUGAUCUGUUAGCUAAAACAAGAAAGCCACUAAAAAGUAGCAGUAUGUAUUGCCAGCAUUAUGUAGCAUAAAAAUGAUUGAAUAUAGGUUAAUAUGCUUGGCCUUUUAAGACAAUUUAGGAGGGAUUCAGUAGCAACUCCUUGAUAGAAGCAAGGAGAUACAUCUAAAAAUCAAGCAAUGUAAGUUUGAAAGAGCAUUGCUUUUUGAAUGUGUUUGUUUAAUGAAAAAGUAGGAAAGAGGAUGUAGGACCACAAACUCUUGAUGUGAAUAUACAGAUUCCAGGGAGAACUUGCAGGGCCAGAUGCAGCAGCACUGGGAGCAGGUGGGACUGGACAGCUGUGUGGCUGUUGCAGGAGGCACUGGUGAUGUCCGUAGGGUAACAGACAUUAGCAAUGUACCAAAUGAUUUCCAUAGGGAUGAUAAAAAGGAGAAGGAUCAAUAAGCAGCUGAAAUGGUCUGGUUUUCCCACGGCAGCUCAUUGAGUAUUGAACAGCAAGGUGCAUCCUGAGAAUUAUGGGUGCUCAUAAAGGUGAACAUGUUUAGGCAGCAUAACUCAGCAUCCAGAAAUAACCUGAAAGUUCUGCCAUUGUCUCUCAGGAGGUUUGGGGUAGAAAAUGCUGAUUUUUUAAAGUGCAACUAAAUAGAAAAAUGUAGGAGGCCACAGAUGCUUGUAUGAGCCGACAGAGUCUUGUCAAUCCAGGAAAUUAAAACUUCCCUUUUUACUGUAUUUCUCAAGCAAGGCAAAAUAAAACCGCUCGCACGUUAGGGCUUAGCGUCUCUUGAUCAUAAAGCAGCAGUUAACAUGCAACUGCUUUUGCAAUAAUAAGACUUAAUAACUGCUAAGUAUAUGAAAAUGUAAGUUGAGUUGGGAGGCUUCAUCUUACUUUGAUUUUUUCCAGUGAUUUGUGUACUUGACUUCAUCUGGGCCUUGGGUGCUGCAAAGGGAGUUGGCUUGGGAAAUUUCCUUCAUGCUGCAAUUGAUCUUGUCAGGUAAAUUCAUCCAGGAGGCUGGGGGCUUGCUCUUGUUUCCAGCUGGCAGGAAACAAUGCAGUGAGUUUUCUAUUGAGAACAGUUGGAACUAGAUAGCAGUUGAUGCCCUGUCCCACCAGCAUCACCGUCGGAUGGCCAUGUGAAGCCCCAGCAUUAGAAAAUACAGUCCAGUGGUGUAUUUGAAAGGAAGGGUUUGUGUAGGGAGAGUAAUGCCCGGGAAGGGGUGCAGCCAGGCAGUCCGUACCCAAAGCAGCUAUCAAAUUGUCCAGGGACAUUACUAAUGCCAGUGACUGUUCCUGCAGGUAUGGGUGGGAAUAGACACGCUGUUCCUGUCCCUGCUACCAGCUUGAAGCCCUCUUGCAGAGGUUUCCUGUGUGAAACCAAUGUACAUGGCACUUGUACUAUGGGGUGAAUCUCUCCUCUUCCCUGGGAGACGCAGUUAGGCGUAUAAUGAUGUCACAGGACCCCAAACAGGUCCCAUCACAAGGUGUCUGGGGUGUCCUCUGUCUGUCUGGGGGUGCUCCAGGGUGCCAAGGAGAAACUUUGCAUUUCCAGACAAGCGCUCAUUUUUCACAUUCAGAGUUCAACAUCUUCUGUUAGCACCACCGCUGCCUCUCCAGAUCAGCGGUUCUGGUGUACUCUGGCUUUUGUUUCCACCCUGCGAUUCCCUGUGAGAAAACAUCUGAAUCAGGACAAAGUAUGAAAAUGUACCUGUGUCCUCCUUCCUGAUGGAAACUGUAUACUCAUGGAAUGUCAAGCUCUGUGUAUAACACUUAGCAAGGAUGCUUUGUAAUGUUUUAUCACCACUGGUUCAAAUUUUUAUAUUGGGAUCCCAUUUUCUAGCUUUCUUUUUGUAAGUGUUACCUCUUUGUUCUGACAUACAACUUCUAAGGAGCCUUUUUAAAAUAACUCAAAAAAAUAGACAAAAAAACCUCCACAAAACAUGACACCUUCAAGUAGCUUGCCAAAUGGGCUGCAUUAGGACCAAAGAUGUAAUGUCUUGUUUUGUUGCUUUAAAGGAAUAGGGUAUUGAUCACCACUUCCACAGCCUCUCAUUACAGGGAAAAGCUAUACAGAUCUCCACUCUUUGUUGGGGCUUGGCCAGACCUCCAAGAGGGCUUGACAGGAGGAUGAGGCCUGUCCAUAGAAAGACCAAACCAAAUAUGAGGACCAGUUAUCACUUCAGGGCCAGAUCUACAACCUCUACUCCAUUUUGAUUUAUUUUCUACUCAACGCAACAGCUAAACAGGGGCACAGUCAAGAAAAAAUGAAACAAAUACAUGAUGUUUUGGCUUGGUAUCGGGAAAAGAUACAAUUAUGUGAAGAUGAGACAUGAUGAGAUAACUGCUUUUAAUGUGAGGAAGUGUGUAGGCAGGCAGUGAGACUUUAAACUGAUAGCAGUUUUGGUUAUGUAUUACUUUAAUUACAUGGGGGAGUUGAAAUCAUGGCACUUCCAUGACAUGCUUCGCUUCCUGCCACACAUCCUGCCUCCGUUUGACAUUGUGUGUUUUGGCAGAUCACCUGUAGUACCAUGGCCAUGCAGACUGAGAGCUGCGGGUUGGUCGGAGGUACUGUAUGCAACCAUGCAGGGAGAGAAGAGUGCAGUGCUAGUACCACAGUUACUGGUGAAGCAAACCCUCAGUAGCAUCCAAAAAAGGGCUUUCAGAGAGAAAACUGAUAGUUUGAGAAUUAGCUGGCAAAAGACAUGCCACUUACUGCACCUCUGAAGACAGCCAGCCUUUGGCCAAGACUCAGGGCUGGUGCUCCUCCAACUUUGCUCUUGUCUGCUUAGAUGGUGUGGACAGGACUGCAUGCAUGACAGUAUGGGCCAUAUGGUCCCUCUGUACCUCUUGCCUUGAAGCAAUAGAUUUUUCUGAUUAAUAAGGUGAAAACAAGAAAUCAAACAUGUCACUAACAACUGGACUGGUGGAAGGUGUCAUUCUGAUGUAGCUGGUACAGUACAUAGGUUCCACUCACGCUGGAAUUCAUCCAGCCCCUUCUUCUUACCUCUCCCAAGCCAGCUGCAGAGAGCUCGUUUGCAACCACCAUCAAUGUAAUCCUCAUCUUUUACAAAAGGGAAUAAGUAAAGUAGGUGUCUGCAAUGGUAGGAGGCUUGACUCCCAUACCUAGGUUGCUUUUUUAAUCCUACAUUCCUAAUAUCAUUCCCCUUGAAUUUAAUGGGAUGUUUAACUUGAUUACACUGAGAGUAUAAAACAAGGCUAAUGUUGAGUGAUUUUUGAAAAUCCCUCGCAAUAAUCAGAGAUCCUAUGGAUCCAUUGCCCUUUUUAGGCUGCUUUGUAUUGAUGCAAUCAACCGAGUAUAAGGUAUAAUGUCUUGGUUUUAAUAAACUGUCAAGCAAUAUAUCCACAGAUACAGACGGUACCCUCGCAGCAUUGUAAAGUUACUCGUCUAUGAAAGCACUAUUUGUACAAUAAGAAACUCUUUUGACUUUUGUAUGGUUUAAUGGUUUAUACUGUUGAUCAAAGAUUGUUUGUAUAUUGAGCGAUAAAAAUGAGGUGUAUAUUAUUCUUUUUAAUUGUUUUUAAUUUUUUGAGAACUUUUAUUGUAAUAUACUGUUGUAUGUGGGGGGAGGAAAAAUCAGUGGCUAGCUUGUAGGGUUUGUAGCCAGAGAAGAACUCGCGUUAAGGGUUCUUUAUUGAUGGGCUUAGAUUUUAACUCCUUUUCUGAUGAAAGUUGUCACGUUGGGGAUUUAUCCAGGGCUUAGUGAAGCUAAUCACAGGACCCUUUCCUCUCUCUGAGACUCUUUGACUCUCUGCAUGCACAGUGCCCGAGUUUCAUAAUGUGAGCAAUAAUACAGCCAACACUUGUGAUCAUUGGAAGUGCAAUAUGAAAGCCCAGGUGCUGCUUAUAGGGGCGCUAAUAAAAGCUGCUCUUUUGAAUUGCAUGGCAGGUUCUCAUUUCACCUUCAUGAUAAUAGCAGAAGCAGAGUCAAAGCAAUCCAUCAAAAGCUCAUCCGUGUGAUAUGUGGCAUAUGAGCCAUAUUGUUGGCUCAAUAUAAGUAACAUACAUUGGUUGUGUUCUGGGGCUCCCUUGUAAGGAAAGGCAAACAAAGUCUUGACCAGAGUCACACUGGUGACUUAAAUGAUAUUAUACUAGACAGAAUAAGGAAUUCUGUUAGCAAAGCUGGUCAAAUGAAACUCCAGCAUCCCCUGAGCAUUGGCACGUAAUUACCCAACUGGUGGAACAUGUAGCACACAAAGGUUAAAGGAAUUAGAGGGUCCUCAACAGAGCAUCUGGGUUGACAAGACAGUAAAGAAGAGAGGAGCUGGAACUAUCAGUGCACAUACAGCCUGGAUAGUCCCUGGUGUCACAAUUAGUAAAUUAAAUCAUUUUUGUCUUCAUAAAUGAACUUUGUACACAGGAAAAAAAAAAAGCCACUACAGCACCUUUCUCAUUUUCAUCUUUCCAUCCAGUCCCUUCAAAUACGUAGGCUGCAUGUUUUACCAGCUCAACCUAUUUUAUGCAGAAAUGAUGUAGUCUUAAUCUUCAUAUUACUGGUUCUCAGAAAUGUCUAAUGCGUAUUACUGCAUGAUAUUUUUAUUUUAAUAAAAGUAAUUAAAUAAA